AUGUGCGAACCAUUAGUACUACUGCCUGUGGAACGAUGGCACGAAUUAAAAGCCGUGUUCCGGGGGAAUUGGCCACGGGGGAUAUCUGGAUACGGGACUCUGGAUAUUGAGGAACAGAUUUUAAAGAACGGUGCCGAUUAUGGCUUUAAGGCGUACGUUGCUUAUGGCGAUCUCACUAAUGGAUUAGUGGGAAUACAUUUGAAGGGAAAAUUUUACGAAGUCGUAAUUCAACCAAUCAAAGAAGACAUUACGGAUCUGAUUAAAGCCGUACGUGCUACCAAACUUAUAGACUGGAGGCGACCUUUGCAAUUUCCCUUUGCCCCUCAAAGUAUCCUAGAUGCAGUGAGAGGUAUUCUACUCGAGAAGAAAGUUUUUAUCAAAGAUAUGGCCACUACAGAUACAUUCUAUAUCGAUGAAGACGCACCAUAUUUUAAUGUAACACUACCACCAGGGUUUACAUUCAAACUGAUGACAGACGAAUACGCGCAAAUAUCCAACGACACCUGGCCCCAUAAACAUUCAGGAUCCAUUUGGUAUUACCACCUGUUAAUCAAAGCAAAACUGGGGUAUGGACUCUUCAAAGAUGACUCGCUGGUUGCUUGGUGUUACGUCAAAGAAACGGGGGCUCUCGGCCAUCUGUAUACUCUAGAAGAGCACAGAAGAAAGGGUUAUGGUCAGCUGGUGCUGCAGUUAAUUUCAGACACACUAAGAAGAGAAGGGAAGAUUUUAUUCGCUUUCUGUGUAGUAGGAAAUGAACCUGCUAGAAGAUUGUAUCAGAAAUUAGGUUUUAUUUUAAGCGAGGAAGUGCAUUGGUGUGAUGUUAAGCCUCUUGAGUAA